UGGCAAGCGCCAUGAAGUUUCAAGCUAAGCCCAGGCCCUGGAAUUACGUGCUUCCCUGCAGUCUGAAAAGUUUCAGAAGGUGGGAGAGGGCGAGGCAUGGGCGUGAGCUAGCCGUGGUGCUGAAAUACGCGCUGGGAGCUGUCCAACAGUCCCGGUUCUGAAUUACUCACACGGACCUGCUCAUCGACUUCACUUGGACCACUUUUCAAUCGAAAGACGCUCCCCAAUUCUAAUGAAACAUUCCAUGCACUUGGGGGUGCAAGAUUUGUACAGCCUUCCCCAUCACCGGCUGAUCCGUGAUAUGAUGGUUCAAGCAAAUGUGGUUUGAUCACAUGUAGUCUGCAGGAAGAGAAACAUGUAUCUCUUUUGCAAUCUGGUCCACGGGGCGCGCUAUUUCUCCGCUGCCAUAAAUCAAUAGAUAACGCCAAGGACACUGGCUAAAAAAAAGGUCUGUGUUUGCAAACUUCUUGGAGUAUUGUACUGUAGCAAUCGGCCUUUAGCUCGGUGAUGAUUGGAAUUGGAAUUGUUUUAAGGUCCUCUGCUUAGAAUAACAUCGCCGGUUAACGUUAUUGGUCAGAGUUAUGGAGAUAAGAAAAGAGCAAUUGAAGAAAUUAGCGGGGGACACCUUGGGGAAGUUACACAGAAUCCUAGAGAAGCGGCAGAAUGUGGGAGAAACAAUUGAGUUGACUGAAGAUGGUCGAGCGAUUGGAGUGGCAGAGAAAAGGCAGCCCAUUGUGGACUGCACAUGCUUUGGGCUGCCAAAGCGUUACGUCAUUGCCAUGAUGAGCGGCCUGGGCUUCUGCAUCUCUUUUGGGAUCCGCUGUAAUCUCGGGGUAGCCAUCGUGAGCAUGGUGAACAACAACACAGUCUACAGCAACGGGAAGCUCAUCAUGGAGAAAGCUAAAUUUAACUGGGAUCCAGAGACGGUGGGAAUGAUUCAUGGAUCCUUCUUCUGGGGCUAUAUUGUUACGCAAAUUCCAGGAGGCUACAUCUCCCAGAAAUUUGCUGCCAACAGAGUGUUUGGCUGGGCGAUCAUGGCGACAUCCUCUCUGAACAUGCUGAUACCUUCUGCAGCCAGAAUCCAUUUCAGUUGUGUUAUAUUAAUCAGGAUUCUCCAAGGUCUGGUCGAGGGGGUUACAUAUCCGGCAUGCCAUGGAAUUUGGAGCAAAUGGGCACCUCCCUUGGAACGAAGCCGGCUCGCUACUACCUCCUUCUGUGGUUCCUAUGCAGGGGCAGUGAUAGCAAUGCCACUGGCAGGGGUCCUCGUCCAGUACUCAGGGUGGUCUUCAGUCUUCUAUGUCUAUGGGAGCUUUGGCAUGGUGUGGUACAUAUUCUGGCUGCUGGUGUCUUAUGAGAGUCCAGCCAAACAUCCAACCAUUACCGAGGAAGAGAAGAUCUAUAUAGAGGAAUCUAUCGGAGAAGGUGCCAACCUUAUGAACCCUCUUGUGAAGUUCAAGGCGCCCUGGCGCAAGUUUUUCACAUCGAUGCCUGUCUACGCUAUUGUCGUCGCCAACUUCUGCCGCAGUUGGACUUUCUACCUGCUGUUGAUCAGCCAGCCAGCCUACUUUGAGGAAGUGUUUGGAUUCGAGAUCAGCAAGGUCGGCUUGUUGUCUGCUCUCCCCCAUCUCGUCAUGACGAUUAUAGUGCCCAUUGGUGGACAGUUAGCGGACUACCUCCGAGCCAAGAAAAUCAUGUCCACCACCAACGUCAGGAAGAUGAUGAACUGUGGAGGUUUCGGAAUGGAAGCAACAUUCCUGUUAGUGGUGGGCUUCUCUCACGCGAAAGGAGUGGCCAUUUCGUUUCUCAUCCUUGCUGUUGGCUUCAGUGGGUUCGCAAUUUCAGGUUUCAACGUUAACCAUCUGGACAUUGCGCCACGUUACGCCAGCAUCUUAAUGGGCUUAUCCAACGGUGUGGGCACUUUAUCCGGGAUGGUGUGCCCUCUAAUUGUGGGAGCAAUGACAAAACACAAGACCCGCGAAGAGUGGCAGUACGUCUUCCUGAUCGCCUCCCUGGUUCACUACGCCGGGGUGAUAUUCUACGGCAUCUUCGCGUCGGGGGAGAAGCAGCCUUGGGCAGAACCCGAGGAGCUCAGCGACGAGAAAUGCGGCUUCAUGUACGAAGACGAGCUGGCGGCCGAGGUGGAGGAUGGCUACGGGAGCUACGGUACCACGGGUACCACCAGUAUCACCAACGGUGGAUGGACCAGCGAGUGGGAUAAGAAAGAGGAAUUCGUCCAGGAGCAGGGCAAAGAUCCCUACAUGUAUGGCAGUGUCCAAGACAGAGACUUAUCCUGAGCUGGGGCUGGGUCCAAGGGCUUUGGGGUGGGGAGACACAGCUCGCGCACAAUAAUACACCAAGCCCCCCUCCCCUCCCCAUCAUCAACUGAUACUUCCGCGGGCAUUGAGUCUUGUGGAGGAGGCAUGGUAGAAACUAAUGUAUAUAAAUAGCCAAUUGUUUAAAGGGGAACUUCACCUUAUUUUUCACCCCAUGUAAGGUUUGAAAGGCCCUCUAUUCCAAUGACUUUGUGUGUGUGUGUGUAUGUGUGUGUGUGUGUGUGUGUGUGUGUGUGUGUGUGUGUGUGUGUGUGUGUGUGUGUGUGUGUGUGUGUGUGUGUUUGCACAGCCAAGAAAGACUGCUGAAGAAGGGUCUAGGCCCGAAACGUCAGCUUUUCUGCUCCUCUGAUGCUGCUUGGCCUGCUGUGUUCAUCCAGCUCCACACCUUGUUAUCCAAGAAAGACGGGUGGUGGAAGUAAUUUGUUCCUUAUUAACAUGCCAGGCCACAUUCAACUGAAAACUUUGUUUGUCUCUCUCCUUCAAUUCAUAACAUACCACUUCCUGUCCUAACUGCUUCUCCCCUGUAUUUAAUUCCCUUCGUUGUUCUGGGUGGGAGGUGGAAGAGGACAGGGAUUACCGAUUGCAAAAGGAGGGAUGGUGUUAAGCAAGAGGCAGGGACAGAAAUCACACAGUCUCGCUCAAAUCAAAUGUUUAAUGGCGGAACUCCACCUUACUUUGCAUCCCAAGCAAGGUGGGUGUAUGUGACUGUGUGUGAGGGGGUGUGUGUUUACACAGGUUGAGAAACUGGAAGAUGGUGACAUAGUGAUAUUGCUGUUCGCCUAUUAGCCUAGUGAUCUAGGUAAUGCUCUGGGGUCCACAUUCAAAAUGGUGGAUUUGAAUUUGAUUUCUUAAAAAACAAAAAGUCUAAUGAUGACCAGGAAACUGUUGGAAAAAUCCGCUCGCUAAUGCCCUUUAAGGAAGGAAAUCUGUCAUCUUUACCUCGUCUGACUCCAGGCCCACAGCAAUGUGGUUGAUUCUUAAAUGCCCUCUGGGUAAUUAGGGAUCUGCAGAAGUGCAGCCCACAUCCUAUGAGUGAAUUUUUUUUAAAAAAGCGCAGAGGACCUGCCCCCAGCCCGAGUUCUCCUGCACCCCAGUGAGUGAGCCCUGAUGUAUCUCCCAGGUAGUUGUGACAAUGGAGAUAGAGCAAUCAAAGCUGAUUCACAAGCAACACUGCCAGCACACCUACCAACUAAGGACACUCCAUUCCCCCCACUCCCUCUAGAAAUGAGGGCACGUGGUGAAGUGGAGUUUAUGGUUUCUUUGCCCACCCCAUCCCCUGAAACCCACUGUGACCUCCCCUUACAAGGGAAACUGGGCUCUCCAAGACCCACACUUGCUGCCCUGUCCAUUGUGGCUAAUGCUAUGGUUUCCUCCUCUGUUUUUUAUUCACAUGUGUUCAAAGAGCACGGGCCAGUCUGUCAUUUGCUGCCUACCCCUUUAGUACCCUUGAGAAUGUAGUGGGGAGGCUCCUGUACUCGAACCACAGCAGACCAUGUACAACCCCACAGUGCUGUUGUGGAAGCAAUGGUAAUUUGUUUUCUCACAAAGUAAAGGUUUGGGAAACUUCACUGAGCAGACAGCCCAGCUGUUUUUACAUUCACAGAGAGAUGAAAGGAACAGCACUAUGUACGCAUGUUACACUGUCCACCAGUUUUCUCCCCUUUCUCCUAACACCGUGGCAGGGAAGGAGAUCGUGCUGUGCUACGGAGGAGAUCUCUCUGUUAAUCUUUCAUGGGAUGUGGGAAGAUAGAUGUGACCUUCAGGCCAAUGUAGGUACACCCACUGUUUUGCUGGGGAGGGAAUUUGAGUUGAACUGAUAGCUGCUGAUUGACUGAUACCACCAAGUACCUGGGGGCCAAUACUGGGGACCAAAUUUCCCUUGCAAUUUGAUAUUAUAAUGGGCAAGGACGUUGAGAGUGUAUGUAUAUGACUGUACAUUUGUGUACAUUUGUUCCUUUUCAUUUAGGUUCUGUCACUCCCCCCAUGGAUACCCGACUCCAUAACUCUGCCUCCUCCCACAUUAAGAGGCUAAUCUCUAAAAUACUGAAUGACCACAAUGUAAAUCUCCUGUGUGAUCCAUGUUCCAGACUAGGCAUGAGACGUCACUGUCACUGACCCCUCCAGUGAAUCAGUCCCAGUGCUGCCUCCAGUGUUAGAACUAGGAUCUUCCAAUAAAUGACAUGGUGGCUGAGUGGUUUAGUGCAGUUGCGUCACAGCAAUGGGAACACAGGUUCAAUUCCAGCCUCAGGUGACAAUCUGUGCAGGUUUCCUCCCACAGUCCAAAGAUGUGCAAGUUGGGUAGAUUGGCCAUGCUAAAUUGCCCCUAGUUUCCAGGUAUGUGUAGACUAGGAGGAUUAGCCAUGGGAAAAGUGGGCUUACAGGCAUAGGAGGAGAUAAGGAUCAGUGUGGACUCAGUGGGCCAAAUGAUUUGCUUUCACACAGUAGGGAUUCAAUGAUUUCUAUUAUCCCUCAUCAUGCCACAGUGUCUAACAGACUUCCAAACAGAGGCUCCUGCCUAUCACCUCACCAUGCCACUGUAUAACAACUUGUUUUUAUAUGGCACCUUCCACUUAUUUGCAGGUCCCUUAAAAGCAGGAGUGUUGUAAAACGAGUAUGAUGCUGAGCCUCUUCAGGAGAUUAAGUCAGAUGUGCAAAUAGCUUGGUCAAAGAGGUAGACUUUAAGAAAUGUCUUAAUGGGGUAACACAAGGUGGAGAUGUUUGGGUGAGGAUUCCAGAACAUAUGGCCCAGGCACCUGCAGUUACAAAGGGUGGAGCAAUUAAAAUCCGAGAAGUUGGGAGGUUGGAAUUUUAGGAGUGCAGAUAUCUUGUAGGUUUGUAGGCUGGAGAGAGAUUACAGAAUCAGGGAGAGAUGAGGACAUGAAGCAAUUCGGAAACAAGAUUGGCAAGGGUUCACUAAUGUCCUUCAGGGAAGGAAACCUGCCAUCCUCACCUGGCCUGGCCUGCAUGUGACUCCAGAACCUAAGCAAUAUGGCUGACUCUCAACUGCCCUUUGGGCAAUUGGGGAUAGGCAAUGAAUGCUGGCCUGGCCAGGGCCAUCCACAUCCUGUGAAUGAAUAAAAACAACUUCAAAAUCAAAACAUUGCUUGAGAUUGAGCUAAAGUAAGCCAGUGAGCACUGUCAGUGAGAAGUAAACAGGGAUCAGUGUAAGUUAAGACAAGGCAGAGUUUUAGGUAACUUCACAUUUGUAGAGGAUAAGAUGUGGCAGAUCCAUCCAAGAACAUUUGAAAUAAACCUAACUGCUGUAUUGUGCAGGGAAGGGGGCAAGUUGGGGGGGGGGGAGUGGCAUUUCUCUAUAUUGCUUCAUAGACUCAGGAUAUUCCAACAUGUUCCAUAGCUAAGGAAGUAUUGGUGAGUGUGGUCACUUUAUCCAGGAUAUAUGAACACUAUUCAUGAAUUCUGUCACGGGAAAUGGAUGUCACUAGCUGGACCAGCAUCAGUAAUGUCCAUCCCUAAUUGCCCCUUGAGAAGAUAGUGGUGAGCUGCUUUUUGAACCGUUACAGCCCAUGUGCUGUUGGGGCACCCAUUACGCUGUUGGGAAGGGAUUUCCAGGACUCCUACCCAGCGACAGUGAAGAAACAGCAAUAUAUUUCCAAGUCAGGAUGGUGUGUGAUUUAGAGAGCAACUUGAAGGGGUGAUGUUCCCAUUAAUCUGUUGACCUUGUCCUUAAAGAUGGUGAUGGUUACAGAUUUUUAGAAGGUGGUGUCAAACUAACCUAGAGACUACAGCGGGACUGGUUAAUGUCAUGUAAUAUUUGUGGAAUUCCCACACACACAGAUCCCAGCCCAAUGACCCAACCCAUAGUCAGAAGUGCCAGAGAAGCAUGAAGUCAGAUUGUUUGGCUUCUCAAAGUGCAAAUACAAAGGCAAGUCAUCAGCUGGAGCUUAGAGAGGCGGUCGCAAUAGCAGUGGUGAUGGCAAAAAGGUAAUGUCACAGGAUCCAUGAACCAGAUCCCCAGGUCAAUGUUCGAGGAACAUUGAUUGAAUCCAACGUGGUCGAUGGUGAAAUUUGAAUUCGCUAAGAUCGGUAUUUAAAAAGUUAGCACAAUGAUAACCAUGAAACUGUUGUUGAUUGUGCGAAAAAAUCCCAUCAGGAUCACUAGUUCCCUUUAGGGAAAGAAAUCAACCAUCCUUACAUUCUGUAGCCUAUGUGUGACUCCAGACCCUCGGCAAUAUGGCUGAUCAUUAAGUGGCCUCUGGGUAAUGAGAGAUGGACAUUGAAUGCUGGCCCAGCUAGCAACGGCCAAAUCCAAUGAAACAAAUAAAACAAAACAAGUCAAGGAGUUUUUCAGAAGUUCCUCAGAGAAGCAAACAUCCCAUUCUCCAAAGUAACAAGAGCCCAGAAAGUCAGCUUGAAACACCUAAACCAAGGGAAUAAAACUCACAUCGAAGAAGAUCGAACAAAAUGUUCGACAGUGAAGGAGAAGAACAUACAAAGGGGGAAAUGUAACAAGAGAACAAUAUGGGACAGUGUGAGAAGCAAAGCAAUAAACAUAAAAGGAAUUCAAACUGCCUAUUAGUAGAGUAUACCACCAGCUACCAUCCCAACCAAUCUGCCAACAAAUGCCAUCACCUAGUGGUAUCAAAACAAAUCAUAGAUAAUGGGAACUGAUGAAGGGUCUAGGCACGAAACAUCAGCUUUUGUGCUCAUACGAUGCUGCUUGGCCUGCUGUGUUCAUCCAGCUCCACACUUUGCUAUCUCAAAACAAAUCAUAAAUGUUUAUUCCAGUUCAGGAUUUUAAUUGAACAAAGUCAGGUUAAAUGGAAUUGAGAUUCAGAUCAGCUGAGAACCGAUUCAGUAUAGGAACAGGCUCAAAGAGCCGAAUGGUCUCCUUCUGAUCGUAUUAGAAACAGAAUCCUGGUUCACUGCUACCCUCCUCCCUCUUCACCCUCCUCAUUGUAUUUUGGCCUCAGCUGAAAUGUCAUUGUUCUGUGUCUGCCGCUUUGCACCCACCAAAUCCCUCCCCCACCCCUUCUCCCACAUCACACGUCCCCCGUAGCCGAUUAUAAUACCUUUGUUAUUCACAAACCAUCGCAAAGAAAAUUGAAUAAAAAUAUCGCACAAGGAAACUACUUAAAAAGUAAUGUUUUCAUGAUUGUUUCUCAGAUGUCAUUCAACAUCACUAGAGCAUGUUGUGAAAAGCAGUAAAGAUUAAGGUGAUAUUCAGAGGAAGUGCAUAAAAGAUGGGAUUGCGAAGCCAUAUGUCCAUAAAAAAACCCCUCAGUUAUGCCUGUAUAUGCCUUCUCUCAUUCCUCUCCAAUGUUGGGUAGUGAUUUCUUUUCCACACUUUUAAGUUUGGAAAAUCAGGCACAGAAAAAUUGAUAAAAGAAUGGAGAUAUAUUCAUUAGUUCCCAGGACUCAUUUCAUGUUGACACAUAAUCCUCUCCAUCAGAAUCUGGAUUCUUGACUGUAUGCAGGGUUGUCCAAAUGUUUACCACUUAAUGAAGUGGAAACAGUGAGGACAUUUGGUGAGACCGCACCUAAAGUGCUGUGCACAGUUUCCGUCUCUGAAGAGAUAUCACUGCUUCAGAAACCUUCCAAGAAGGCUCACUCAACUGACUCCUAGGAUGGAAGGACUUGAGCAUAGAACAGUACAGUCAGCUUUCCUGCUCCUAAGAUGCUGCUAGGCCUGCUGUGUUCAUCCAGCUCUACACCUUGUUAUCUCGGAUUCUCCAGCAUCUGCAGUUCCUAUUAUCUCAGCACAGUACAGGCCCAUCAGCCCACAAUGUUGUGCCAAUCUAUUAUCCUACUUUCAGAACAAAGUACCCUGCAUACCCUUCAUUUAUCUGUCAUCCAUGUGUCUAUCCAAGAGUCGCUUAAAUGUCCCUAAUGUAUCUGACUCGACUACCACCGUCAGCAGUGCAUUUUGGGGGUGAGAUUGGACCUACACUCAUUGGAGUUUAGAUCAACGAAAGGCAAUCUUAUUGAGAGAUACAAAAUCUUGACUAAUUAUAACUAAGGGUCUUCCCUGUUUUGGGGAGACUAAAACUAGAUUAGCACAGUCUGUAGAUAAAGGGUCUACCAUUGGAUAGGAGUCGAGGUGGAAAUCUUCUCUGAAAGUGUCAUUUGACUGAGGAAUCCUCUUCCUCAGACAGCAGUGGAGGCUUGGUCAUUAAAUGUAUUCUUGGCUGAGUUCGAUUUCUGACUGACAAGUCAUGGAGACAGGCAAGAAAGCACUGCCAAGGUUACAAUCAGGACAUGAUCUUAUUGAAUGGCAGAACAGUCUCAAUGGGCCAAAUAGCUAUGUAUGUUUGCUGCUAAUUGUUAUGAUUUCAUGUGACGGACUGGCCAUUCUGCCAUGUUACCUGUGAAACAAGUUACCCCAAGGUCCCCUGCUGACUGAAAGCGCUUAGUGGGUUUGCCGGCGGGAGUUUCAAAAAAUCCAUACUAAGCACAGAUCAUUUUAUUGUCUCCUCGGAAUGAUCAAACUGGUCAGGUUAAGCUUCUGCUUGUGGACUUCCAUCAGUGGCCAGAAGAGCUGGUUUUCUGAAGAAGGGACCUGACCUGAAACGUCUGAUGCUGCCUGGCCUGUUAUGUUCCUCCAGCUCCAAACUGUUAUCUCUGGUUUGUCUCAGGGGUUAGAUCACUCACAUUAGGCCCAAGGGUGGCCUGGAGACAUCCUCAGUUUUCGGCCUAAUGCCUAACUCUGGGGUUCAGCCUGGGACUCUGGAAGGGCAGAUUGGUCCAUUGGAAUUUAAUGGGCAGGAAAGUGGUUAGACAUUGGAAUUCUACAUAGUGGAACAAGUAUAAGAAGGAUCUUGAGAGGGGGUUGGAAUUUUCCUGAGAGUGGAUGAGAAACGCGGACAGAAUCUUUUGAGGUUGUUGUAACAAUUAGUGUCAAAUAUAUGUAUUCUGUCACUCUGCUGGACACAAUUAAUCCAGAACAUUCUAACAACAGGACCUAACAUCAGAUGGGCUAUUAUGCACACCUUAACAUGCAAUGAAAGGGUAAAGUCAAUUUAGUCUUACCAAACCGUUACAGCAGGAUGACUGUUCGUGGUUUAAUCUGAAAAUCACCAUGCCCAAAGCGAGGGGAGAGGUUGAGAACAAAAGUCAUUCAGCCAUACAGUCAUAGAGAUGUCCAGCACAGAACAGACACUUUAGUCCAAUUCAUCCACACUGACCUUGAUUAAUCUAAUCCCAUUUGCCAAUAUUUGGCCCAUAUCCCUCUAAACCCUUUCUAUUCAUAUUCCCAUCUAGAUGCCUUUUAAAUGUUGAAAUUGUACCAGCCUCUGGCAGCUCAUUCCAUACACGCACCACCCUCUGCAUGAAAAAGUUGCCCCUUAGGUCCUUUUUAAAUCUUUCCCUCUCACCUUAAACAUAUGCCCUCUAGUUUUGGACUCCCCCCACUCCGGGGGAAAAGACCUUGGCAAUUCAUCCUAUCCAUGUCCCUCAUGAUUUUACAAACCUCUGUAAGGUCACCCCUCAACUCCUGACACUCCAGGGAAAAUAGCUCCAGCUUAUUCAGCCUCUCCCUGUAGCCCAAACCAUUCCACCCUGAGCAACAUCCUUGUCAAUCUUUUCCAAACACCUUCAAGUUUCACAACAUCCUUCCUAUAGCAGGGAGACCAGAAUUGAAUGCAGUAUUCCAAAAGUGGCCUGACCAAUGUCCUUUACAGCUGCAGCAUGACCUCCCAACUCUUAUACUCAACAUGCUGAUGAAUGAAGGCAACCAUGACAAACGCCUUCUUCACCAGCCUGUGUAUCUGUGACUUCAUCUUCCAGGGACUAUGAACAUGCCACGCAAGGACAUUUUGGAACCUUCCAUUAAGGUUAUAAGUCCUGCCCUGAAUUGACCGGAAUUGAACACAGAAUUCUAAAAAUGGCCUCACCAAUGUCCUGUACAGCCACACAUAACCUCGCCGCGCCUAUACUCAACGCACUGACUAGGGUCACCCUGCAUUGCAAACCAGUCAUUCCAGUUAACUCACCCAUAAAAUGCCAAAUUCUCUUAAGCCAGGAGCUGAACCCAGGAACAAGAAUGCAUGCAAAUGUUACCACAUGAAUUUAUUUUCUUUCACAGGGAUUGCUCCUUAACAACCUGAUGUCUCACAUAACAACAUUUAAAAGACAUUUGAACGUGAACAUGAAUAGGAAAGAUCAGAGAGAUAGGAUCCAGUUGCAUCCAAAUGGGACUACUUCGGAUUAGGAAACCUGGUCUGCAUGGAUGAGUUGGGCUGAAGGGUCUGUUUCCAUGUUGUAUCAAUGCCUGACCUGUCAAGGUGGGCUCAGCAGUGAAAAUAAUUGUUCAGCAAAACAAAAACAAAGACACACAAAAUUCUCGAAGUUGAAAUAACCAAAGUUCUAAUUACGUUGUUGAACUCAUUUUUUUAAAAAAAUGUCAGUCAUUUAGAUGUUCCUUUGGCAGAAGCCCUGCAAGAGAGAAAGUGGGCAGAUCUUGCUUAAGAAAAGAUUUAAUAGGGCCUGGAGGAUAAGUAAUUCAAUCGGCUUAGACCUGCAACAAGACAUUUUAAUGCAAUUUCCCAUAUUACAAGGCGUGAAGAGCAAUAAAUUUCGAUGAAUUCCUCUUUGUUCCUAGAAUGUAGGCCCAGGGUCAAGACUCCAGAGUUCCCAAGUGGUCAAUGACAGCAGUAAUUACACUGACAAUUGAUGAGGGGCUCCAUAUUAUGUAUUAAUCAAAUCACAGAGAUGCCUGAUGGCCCCAUGUAUACAAAUGGGGCUGCAACAUGAGUUGGACAUCAAAGGAGCCUCCUCUGCUGUCCCUGAUGUACGUUUCCGACAUGCGCCUAGAGUUCAAAGGUCAAAGUCAGGCUUGUUGUCCCAGCUGCGCAGUGAAUAAAGCUGUCGUUACACCAGGCUUAUUAACCUCAGCUUAAUUAUUAAGCAACUGUUUCGUGACAAAGCUUGUCGGGAGUUGCUCUGCAAGAUAACUUUUCAUUCUUUCAACCUCCCUGUUCAUGUUUGUGCUUUUGUUUUCCACAUGAAGAUGCAAGGACAGGGGCGAGGCAGAAGAGACAUGAUGUUGGGAGGAGUAACUGUACUCAACAUUGCAGGGAGAUGCAUUAAUGUCAGGAACGGUACGGUAAUGUGAGAGGGGUUACCAAGCCUCUCAGUCUGUGGGGGCUGAAUCAACAGAGAUGCAGUCAGUCACAUAAAGUGAUGGUGGAGCUCAACAGAACUCUCUGUUACCUCAACUGAGUGACUGACCUUGACAUCUGAGCAGGCCAGCAAGUGCCAGCAGUCUGCUCAACUGUGGGAGUCGUCGCACCCAAAUCCAUUCUCAUGCAAUGACCACUCAGACUCAGAGCUGACGCAUAGAUGGUGAGAGUGAGGCCUGGUAGUAAAGUCACUAGGGCUAUUGACAUUAGCCCCCAGGCGAAUCCUCUGAAGAAGAGAUAAAUCGAAUCCUCUGAAGAAAAUGGUUGAAACCCUUCCACGGCAUAGUGGGUUUUAAAUCCAUAACUUUGGAGUAAAAAGCCAGUCUCAAUAAUGGUGACUGUAGUAAUUAUCAACAAAUGUUGUAAAAAGAUAUCAGGUUGACUAAUGUUUCUUCAGGGAAGGAAAUCUGCUGGCCUACGUGUGACUCCUGACCCACAGCAAUGUGUUUGGGCAAGCUACAUCAGGUCAAGGGCAACGAGUUCUGGCCUUGAUGGCAAUACUUGUGUCCAGUGAACCCAGGGGUCAGUAAUUCAGCCCCUCAAAGCUGCUCCUCCAUUUAAUAUGAACACGGCUAACCUCAACUCAACUUUCCCGCUUACUCUUCGUAACCCAUUACUGAAUUAAAAAUCUGUCUACCUCCUCCUUAAACUUACUCAAUGACCCGGCAUCCGCCGCACUCUGAGGGAAUGAAUUCCACAGAUUCAUGACUCUUCGGGAGAAGUGAUUCUUCCUCAUCUCAGUUUAAACUCUGCAAUCCCUUAUCCUAAAACUAUGACCUCUCAUUCUAGAUUGCCCCACAUGAGGAAACAUCCUCUCCAUGUCUACUUUGCCACUUCCCUUCAGUAUCGCACCCACCUCAAUUAGAUCUCCUCACAUUCUUCAAAAUUCUAGAGAAUAUGGGCCUAAACUGCUCGAUCGCUCUUCCUAUGACAAAACCCUCACCUCUGGAAUCAAUCUUGUGGACUCCUCUGAACAGUCUCCAGUUCAACUUCAUCAUUCCGCAAGUAAGGGGACAAAAAUUGUAUGCAAUAAGUGAAAGAAAAAGAAAAUAAUUGUGCAAUGUGCUUUAUCAUUCCUACCAAAAAGGGGAACAGAAUAAGAGAUAAUGGGAACUGCAGAUGCUGGAGAAUCCAAGAUA